AUGGUAUCCUCACGUUCCAAGGAACAGCGUACAGAUGCGCUCGGGUUCUCAGUCAAAACAGAACAGCUCAAAGAAACUACUACUGUUGAAGUUAUGCCUCCAUGCUCUAAGGAUCUGGCACAAUUGUUUCUUGAGCAGCAACGACAACAUAAUCCAUCGUCAGGGUAUCGAGGAGGGCGUGGGGGUCGCUCUAGCAACAAUCGCAGCCGUGGACGAGGCCGAGCCAAUGCUACUCAGAGCUCGCAAACAAUCAACUCCGACCAGAUAGCUUUGCUGAUCUCACUUCUCCAAAAUCAACAAAGCAACCUCUCAUCGGAACGACUUCUAGAAGUUCUUGGCAGAGGUCAACGAACAAAGAAACCGUAUGUUCUUCUGAAGAACUAUCUGAUUAACUCAGCUACUACUUUGACACCCCCUCACGGCUCUCACACUACAACUGCACACGAUCAGAGUUCUCCAACUACGGGUCCAGGUAAGACGUUGUAUCCUAUCUCUGAUUAUUCUUCUAUGACUGCUUUUACUGCAAAGCAUCAGGCAUUCUUGGCGAAAAUUACAACAAAUUAUGUCCCCAAAACAUACAAAGAAGCAAUCAAAGACCCAAGGUUUAAUAGCGCAAUGAAAUCUGAGGUCACUGCAUUGGAGGAUAAUCAUACAUGGGAUGUAACUCACUUACCACUAGGAAAAAGGGUUAUAAGUUGUAGAUGGCUCUACUCAAAUAAAUACAGAGCUGAUGGUACAUUGGGGAGACCUAAAGCUCGUCUAGUGGCCUGUGGAAAUCAUCAAAAAGAAGGCCUCGAUUACAAAGAUACGUUUGCACCGGUGGCUAAGAUGAACACUGUUUGGUUUAUUCUCAAAGUGGCAGCAACUAAGAGAUGGUUUGCAGACUUAGGAAAUCACUGUAUAUGCCUUCAUAUCUUGGUAUAUGUAGAUGACUUUAUAAUCGUUGGAAAUGAUGUCUCUACAAUCCAGCGCUUCAAGAACUAUCUGAAAACUUGUUUUAAGAUGAAAUACUUGGGUAAACUAAAAUAUUUCCUUGGUUUAGAGAUUGCAAGGGGACUUGACGGUAUCUUCAUAUCUCAGAGGAAAUAUGCGCUAGAUAUAAUUGCUGAGUGUGGUAUGUUGGGAGAUAAACCGGCUCCGGUGCCUACGGAACUUAAUCAUAAGCUGGCUCUCGUCAAGGGCCGCCCGCUACUGGAUCCAAGCAAGUACCGACGGCUUGUUGGUCGACUCAUUUACCUCACCUUUACUUGCCCUGAACUAGGCUAUAUUGUCCACAUACUUUCCCAAUUUAUGCAGAAACCACAAGAGGAUCAUUGGAUAGCAGUUUUGCGCGUGGUCCGCUACUUGAAAGGUUGUCCGGAUUAG